UGCUCGUUUUUAUUAUGUUGAUAGAGUAAAAUGUUCACUUUGUGUACUCCACUGUUGAAAAUGAACAAUACAGUUGUAAAAUAAACAUGAAUUUGUUAGUGUUGAUUGUCUGUUUAGCAGGCAAUGUGGAUAUGAUAUACUCAACAUAUUGUGGGUGUAAAACUAUGCGCCCUUGUUAUGAGGAAAUGCUUAACAAUCUCCUGGACGUUGAAGAAGAUCCUUGUAUAGAAAACGUGGCCAUUGGUGCUAGUACGAUCUCCAUAUUUCUUCGGGCUAUAAAACAAUACUGUGGCGAAUUAGUAGAAUUGAAUGACAAUCACUACACAUAUGAGAAUAGAAUUUUAUAUGAGGUGGUAGUAAAAAGUCAGUCAACAGAAGCUAAACCCAAAAUAAUGAUAGAAGCUGGUCAACAGGCUGGGUCUAUGCCAGUCAUGAUGGCAUUGUUCCUGAUAGAACAGCUGGUGGCUUGUGAGGAGUAUAGUGACAUGUUAAGUAAGGCUGAUUGGGUCUUUUUACCUUCGACCAAUCCUGAUGGACAGGAAUACCUUCGGAAUGAUCGUGAACCAUGGAAGAAAAAUAUGGUCCCAAUAGACGACACUUUAUCAUUAGGCGUUGAUAUAAGUCGGAAUUUCGACGCGUCAUGGAAAGAUUGUGGAAUCAACGACAAUGUAUUCUCCGCUGACUAUCCCGGCCCAGCACCUAACUCGGAGAAUGAAACCGUAUUCAUAACCGAAAUGUUAGAAAAACAUAAAACUAAUCUGAAAGUUUAUGUUUCCUUAAGACGAGAUGGACACGCAUUAUUGUAUCCUUUAGCCAGCAGUAGAAAAGCUUUGACAACUCUAAAAGAGGCUCAGAAUAAAGCAGGGGAUAUCGCUAAUAAGAUUAACCAGCGCUCAGGAACCUUGCAAUGGUUUCGAAACAGUAGUAUUUAUGACAUGAACGGGCAGGCCUUCUGUGGACACAGUGUCGAUUACGCAUUCAAUAAAUAUGCAAUCCCAUACGCAUAUGAAAUGAGAGUUUUUCCUGAAUCAGAUACUAGAAUACUCUCCAACUUCCAAACGUUGCCAAAAGGAUACGAUGUGUCUCUGCGAAAUGGAUACUUCACAGGGAUAAGAGAGCUCUAUAAUUUAGUAUUCAAUGUGAAGCAUCACUAAACUUAAUCAUAAUAUAUUUUACGAAUUA